UCCAUUACGUACGCAUACGUCUUCCUUCGAUGGCGGAGCGGCAGAGGACGGCGGCGGUGGCGCCCAAGGGGCACUUCGCGGUGUACACCAAGGAGGGGCGGCGCUUCGUGGUGCCGAUCGCCUACUUGAAGAGCAGCAUCUUCGUGGAGCUCUUCCGGUGGUCGGAGGAGGAGUUUGGGCUGCCGGCUGCCGAUCGGCCGAUCACGCUGCCCUGUGACGGCGACUUCAUGGAGCAAGUCAUCGCGGAGUUGGGACACGCGUCGACCCGGAGGCGAAGGAAGCUCAUGAAUUAACUAAUGAAUUAUUAUAUUAAUUAAAUUCCUGAUUCUGAUUGUUAUUAUUUAGUUCUUCCUGAAGUUAUGGUAAUUAUGGUCGUGUCCUUGUCCAUUCGAGGACGGAGAGGCUGGGGAAAAGCGCAGGAUUGUAAGAGAUUAAGUUGACGGAGAUGAUACAGAAGGUGGAAGACGAUGGAGAAUGAUAUAAAAGAUGACAGAGAGUGGACAAUCAUCGAAAAUGAAGUGGCUACUGAGGCAUGUAGCAUUAUCUGCUACAGUGGUCUAG